UGAUCUUGUUUGGAUAGACUAAUGUGAACGGCACGGUAACCUGAGCCAUCUCGAUUAUAUAGUGAUCAGUGCGAUUGCGCACUUUGUUCAAGACUUGACACUCUCAAACAUUGUGUACGUCGUGUACGUACGGUUUUUGAUGGCGUAAACCAUUGUAAACUGAUUGCUGCCACUUUCAUUCUUCAGAUAGUGGGACUCAUGUGCCUUGGAUGCAGUCCAUCAUGAAAACCUCCAAGGAAGCCGUGCAAGCUGCCGCAAAAGAAUUCCUGCACUUCGUGAAUCGCGGGGUGUCGCCAUACCACGUGGUGGAGGAGUGCAAGUCUCGGCUGUUGGGAGCUGGCUUCACAGAGCUGAAGGAGGCUGACAAUUGGGAUAUCAAACCAGCCAAUAAGUACUUUGUGACCAGGAACUACUCCACCAUCGUGGCGUUUGCAGUGGGCGGUCUGUACCAGCCCGGAAAUGGCUUCUCUCUGAUCGGGGCUCACACGGACAGCCCGUGCCUGAGGGUGAAGCCGCGCUCCAAGAAGACACAGCAGGGCAUCCUGCAGGUAGGGGUGGAGUGCUACGGAGGCGGCAUCUGGAACACCUGGUUUGACCGGGACCUGACCAUCGCUGGGCGCGUUAUGGUUAAGAGUGGAGACCAGCUCGUGCAUCGCCUGAUUCAUGUCCCCCGUCCCCUUCUGAGGAUCCCUCACCUGGCCAUUCACCUGCAGCGAGACAUCAACGACUCCUUCGGGCCCAACAAGGAGAACCACCUCGUGCCUAUCCUGGCCACUGCCGUUCAGGAGGAGUUGGAAACAGGCUGCACUCCGUCUGGAGAUUCCUGCAACGCUAAGACCACGGCGGAGAAGCACCACUCUGCUCUGAUCCAGACUCUGUGCACUGAGCUGGGUGUGCAGCCUGAGGCUCUGCUGGACUUUGAGCUGUGUCUCGCCGACACUCAGCCCGCCGCGCUGGGUGGAGUGUAUGAAGAGUUCAUCUUCUCACCCCGUCUGGACAACCUGCACAGCUGCUACUGUGCCCUGCAGGGUCUGAUAGACUCCAGCAGCUCUGCUGACUCUCUGUCCAAAGAGCCCAACAUCCGCAUGGUGACUCUGUACGACAAUGAAGAGGUGGGCUCGGAGAGCGCACAGGGAGCCAUGUCCAACCUGACAGAGCUGAUCCUCCGUCGCCUGGCGACCACCAUCGAAAACCUCACCGCCUUCCAGCAAGCCGUGCCCAAGUCCUUCAUGAUCAGCGCUGACAUGGCCCACGCUCUGCACCCCAACUACCAAGAGAAGCAUGAUGAGAACCACAGACCAGCCUUCCACAAGGGCCCUGUCAUCAAGUUCAACAGCAACCAGCGCUACGCCACCACCGCCGUCACUGCGUCCAUGCUGAGGGAGAUCGCAGCGCGGGUGGACGUGCCCCUCCAGGACGUGAUGGUGCGGAACGACAGCCCGUGCGGAACCACCAUCGGACCCAUCCUGGCGGCCCGGCUGGGCAUCCCGGUGCUGGACCUGGGCUCCCCCCAGCUCGCCAUGCACUCCAUCCGGGAGAUGUGCUGCACCUCCGGAGUCCUGCAGACCACCUCCCUGUUCAAGGGCUUCUUUGAGCACUUCCCUGCUGUACGGAGUUUGGUGACUGUGGACUAGCGUGUGGAUCUGAGAGAGCCCCAUCUCUCUGAAUGAACUCAUAAUCUACACGCCCAUGGUGGCUUUGCCACCGACACCACUCCCUCCCCCCAUUUUAAAAUACUUGGCCUCAGCAGAAUUGUACUUUUUGAAAGGUAGGAAUUAAAUAGAAAAGCAACAUGCUGCA